GCUUGAUAAGUUGAUAACGAGCCUAUUUGGCUACGUGAUUCUUCGCGGCCGUGGCCCUAGCUCGUGGUCUAAAAGUUAAUUUAGUUGCGAGAGCAUGGCAGCAGAGAUAAAUAAGCCGCUCGUGUCGUUUGAGGAGGCAGCAGGCGUCGUGGAAAAAAUUCACGGCGCCACUGCCCGUCUGCUGGAGCACAAGGUGGAGAAGGGCACCGACUCCGUGCAGGGCUUCCUUUCCAACAUCCUCAGGGUCAGCGUCAGGGUGGAUGUAAGCGGGAAAAGCGUCGAGUCAAAGUUUAUGGUGAAAAGGCAGCCGUUGCUGGAGUCGCAGCAGCGGCUGAUCCAGGAGAACGGCGUCUUUUACCACGAGAUCGGCGUUUUCCAAAGGUGCUUUCCGAUCCUGCUGAGGAACUCUCCUGACCUUCCGGCGGUAGCAUGCUACUCGUGUGACGCCCGGGACAACGUCAUUUUCAUGGAGGACUUGAAAGAGGAUGGAUUCAACACCGUCGUUCGCAAUAUCUGCGAUUUGAAGGGUGACAUCCUCGAUUUAGAGCACCUGACGGCUGCAAUGCUGGCCCUGGCAAAGUUCCAUGGCGCCUCUGUCGGCACGGACUGGCUGAAAAAGUUUCCAGACCUUUUUGAAAAGGAGAUUUUCCUCGAACAGGCCUUCAUCAAGGCAGGCGUGGCGAACACCGCCAGAAGCGUCCUCGUGCCCAUCGCUGAGCACCACUUCAAGGACGAGAGACACGUCAAGGCCGCCGAGUGGAUCGGAACAGAAGAGUUCUACGAGACGCUGCUGGCCAUCACCAAACCGGAUCCGGAGGUGCCCAACGUCCUCUGCCACGGCGAUUGCUGGGUUAAUAAUAUGAUGUUCAAGACGGACCAGGACAGCGGACGUGUCAGCGCCAAACUGAUCGACUUCCAGAUGAGCAGGUUUGCACCAGGAAGCAGAGACCUGUUGUACUUUCUGCACAUGUGCUGCUCACCCCAAGUGCGGCAGAGGUGCGAGGAAGGUCUUUUGCGGACCUACUGGACCGCUUUUAACGCCGAGUGCGAGAAACGCGGCCUAGAAUUGAGUUGGGACCGCUUCUACGCAGACUACGACCGAAACAGAGCCUUUGGACUCAUGAUGUUGGCAACGCUGAGGCCCUGGUUCUUCCUGGACGGACCUUUUUCGCAGAAGGACGACGAGCUGACGGAUGAGCAAAUGGACAAAAUGACGAGCGGCGGCAAAAGCAGUGCCGCGCCGACCAGUCCAGUCGAGGAGUUUGAAACGAACCAGUUGUUCCGUGAUGAAAUGAUUGGGACCCUUGAGGAAGUGGCUGAGAUUUAUUACAAAUUCUAUGUGAGAAAUGAGUGGUGUGCUGUUUCUGGUCGGAGGGUCCACAGCCUCACCAAAUCAUUGAGCAUGCAGCGUGAGAUAAGGACGCUGGUGUCGGCGGACGCGGCCUUGGCCGUGGCGAAAAAAAUUCACGGCCCUGACGCCCGGCUGUUGGACUACGAGGUCGAAAAGGGAACAACCUCCGUGCAGGGCUUCCUCUCUGAUAUCCUCAGGGUGAGCGUCAGGGUGCAGGUCGGUGACGAGACGCGGCACUCGAGGUUCGUGGUGAAAAGGCAGCCGGUGCUGGAGUCGCAGCAAAAGCUGACCAGGCAGUGCGGCGUGUUUGAACAUGAGAUGGGCUUUUUCGUAAAGUGCGUCCCGAUUUUGAAAGAGCGGUGUCCCGAUCUGCCGGUCGUCACGUGCCACUUUUGUGACGAGCCAAACUGCGUCAUUUACAUGGAGGACCUGAAGGAAGCCAACUAUUGCACCGUCGUGCCGAAUAUAACAGCACUGCAGGAGGGAACCAUCCUUAGCAUGGAUCACUUGAUUUUGGUAAUGGCAACCCUAGCCAAGUUCCACAGCGCCUCGGUCGGUAUCAACUGGCUGGAGAAAUUCCCGGAAAUAUUCACCGAGGACAUAUUUUUCGAGAGAGGCGAUGGCGUGUUCAUCAAGGACUGCAUAAUCGAAACCGUGAGGAACACGCUGGUACCGAUUGCAAAGCACCACUUUGGCGACGAGGAGCACGUGGAUAGCGUCGAGUGGUUGGGCAGCGAAGAAUUCUUCCAACUGCUGGUCGACAUGAGCAAAGCGGACCCGAAAGCAAUCAACGUGCUAUGCCACGGCGACAGUUGGGCCAACAACAUGAUGUUCCACGCGGACCCUGAGGGUGGCAAACCAAUUAGAGUGAAGUUGAUCGACUUCCAGAUGAGCAGAUUCGCGCCGAGCAACAGGGAUUUGCUCUACUUUCUGCACAUGUGCCUCCCGCCGAGGGUGCGGCAGAGGCUGGAAGAGGAGCUGCUGCGGAUCUACUGGCGCUGCUUCACGGAGCAGGUGGAACAACCCGUCGACUGCGACUGGGACGAAUUCUACGCCGGAUACGACAGCAGCCGGGCCUUUGGGCUCAUGAUGUCGGCCACGGUGCGGCCCUCGAUUUUCGUCGAGCAAGCUUUUCCGCGUGGCGACCAGGAGCUCACCGAUGAGCAGAUGGAACUGAUGAUGGCAGGGGGCGGUUUUGAUACUGAGAGGUCCAUCCAGGAGUUUGAGAACAACGCAAUUUUUCGACAGGAAAUGAUUGAGACGAUCGAGGAGGUUACCGAGGUGUAUCACAGACUGUAUAAAAAUCGUUGAUAAUGAACUAUAAAUUUAAAAAACUCAUAAUUUAAUUAAAAAGCCUAAUAACCUUUUUAUGAUGAACAUGAAGUAAUUAUUCUUAAAUAUUCUUUCGAUUGGAAACAGUAAAAAUGAAUGCGAAGAGGAAAUUUAAUAAAAUUAAUAAAAUGGAAAAAUCAAUUGGUUUUGAAAAGAGUGAAUGACGGAAAAAGGAGCCAUUUGAGCGAGAGGCAAAGUUUUUGACUUGAUUUCGAGUGUAAAUCAUUGGUCUUUUAGAGCCGGCCACGGCGUUUUCAUGAAAUAGAGCGGACUGGAUACGCCGAGAUUGGCCUAAAAAGCUCUGAAAUCAACGAGGAUAAUAUUGUUGUUGUUAUUAUUCAUUUUUUCUAUCAAUAAUACAGCCAACCUCAAGUGGAAGUUGUUUCUCACUUGUAGAAUCAAUUAAAUUUACACCAGCUUUUAUGUUUUCACUUUUGGAAUCUGCGAAAAAUUUUAAUUUUUGCGGGUUGAGGAUCGACAUUUUUUUUUUAGAAAUGCGAAAUAAAUAUCCACGUGGUUCAAUAAAAAUUUUGCAUUGGAUUCUAUAUACCAAAGUCCUAUCAUAAUUAUGAACAUAUCAAGUUAUUUUUUGUAUUUUAAGAUGUGACGUUAUAUUGUGUUGAUUUUAAUUGAUACUCAUGAUUAGGACGUACUGGUUGACGUCGAAACUAUAGUCGAGAAUUAAAACGACGAAUUGGAAUAGAACAACGAGGAUGAAGUCUGUUUUCAUUUAUUCCCAAUAUCAAGUUACUAGUUAAUUACGUGUAAGUUUCUGGAAAUUUCUAAGCUUCAGUCCCACUCCUCUUUUAUUUUAAAUCUUCUAAUACUAUUGAAAAGGCUCCUUCUGUCCUACUGCACGUUUCAACUUGUGUAAAAAUUACAAGAGAGAUCAUCGGUUUCAUUUUCGAGGAAUUCCAUUUUUAAGAUUUGAAAAAAAUGAGUGUUUAGAUUUUGCAAAAUAAAACAAAAUCAAUUUUUAAACCAAAAAUAUUUUGGAGUAAGUUUUGGGGGUUCUUAUUAUUUUUGAGUGAUGAAAAUGGCAUGUUUAGAAUGAUGUUUUUCUAUUAAAAUCCUAGAAGUGUCUCCUAGAAAUAUUAUAAUCACGAUAGACUGAUGCGAUAAAAGGAAAGAAGAUCUAAAAGUAUAUCCUGUAGCUGAAAAUCGCUUCUUUGCGGAAUGGAACGCUGCACCACCCGCAACGAAGGACUGUUCGGCGGUGCAGUUUUCCGCAGCGUGUAAGGCGUAUGUGAGUGCGAAUUUUUAAUGUGUUACUCUUCUAGUAUAGGCCCAUGCCACAUUUGACCUCCUGGGUAAAGUCUUAACGAGAUUUUUGCCAGGUAUGCUGCCUUUCCUAACAUGUUUAUAUAAUUUUGACGACUUUUUUAAUAAAUGUAUUGACCUAGUGUGAGGAUAAACAAUAAACAAUUUUGGAGCUAGAAA